AUGUUUCGGCCACGCCAGAAAAGAACUGCGCAAAUAGCCGCUGGCUCCGGAGGAAGGAAACCUCGACUGUCCAAGGCCCCUAUGUACACUCCGCGGCGAGAAGUUCUGUACCGUGGAGGUAAUAAAAAAGGCAAACAUGACCAUUGGGCAGCCCUGGGAGCCUGGUUCCUAGGGCCCAAAGCGGAAAAUGGAGAUGUGUUUAGAGACCUUUUGACGGGAGCUGUCGACCACCAUAUCGCAUUUCGUCACAAGUGAGUUCUUCAAAAGAAAGAGAAAUUAAAAUAGGGUUCCAUUAUUCUCUCUUGAAAGCCAUUACUUCUCGUUUAUCAUCCCUUCCUACGGACUUUUUGCCACCUGCAGAGAAAACGCUUUAACAGGCAAUUUGAGUGACAGCAUGAAACAUUCUAUGCAUGGACGAGGUUUGUUGUUACCUCGAGGGCAAUAUACACAUAAAUUCCAUUAAGCACGAAAUAGGGUCUGUUCAAUUCCUUGACUGCAUUUGUUCAAGAAGCAGACAAUUCUUUAACCAUGAAAGUGAACAAAUACCUUAUUCAAUUGCUUAGUCGUUCAAGUUCAGUCAUAGCUGCAAAAGUGACCAAGUUUGCAUUUUGAUACUCAAGCUAUUUCCCCUGUGAUCCACCGUAUGUGACGGAUGAGCUCCGAGAGGCUACAUCUUUUAAGAAUUCCAUGGAACAUUUGAAGACAGAAGUGGACAACUUGCAGAAAGACCUGGAGAAAUCUGUACCAUUUUUUAGCUCUAGAUACAAGGUAUUUUUUCCUCCAUGUAAUUGUUCGCCUCAUCCUGAUUGUGUUUGAGGAUAUCCUUCUUGCUUACGUUCUCAUAAACACCAGCCUCUCAGUUUCGUAACUUGGCGGCCAAGUAUCAUUCGAUCGGCUUUCUCAGGUGCCACCCUUUCUUCAAUCAUAAAUAAAAUGUUGAUAUGUAGGUACAGUUAGACGACAAAUUGGUCAUGGCAUGUACCCAAGGUUCCGCUUGUUAUCAGCAAGACACUAUGUUACUUAAUUACCCUGUUAUACUCUCCCACCGAUGCAGCACCACAGUUCCUUCAGAAACCUACCUUCUCCUCCCCCAUUCUAUGGGUUUGGUUAACCAAAUGAACAAAGUGCUAUACAGCACUUUAUAAAUCAGCUUAUAUAUUUCUUUUGUCUCCAGGGACACGUUCUUUGGGAGACAGCCAUGCCAGCUAACCUUGGCUAUAUGACUGCCAUGUUGUUUAACCAGAACAACUGCGCAGCAGAGGCAUCGACUGUUACCACAAAGUUCGAGGUGGAAGUUGGGAAGGAUUUGUGUAUCAUGAUGGGAUAUGAUGGCGAUAAAGCCAUGGGUCACCUCACUGCUGAUGGGUCUGUGGCCAACAUUGAAGCAAUUUGGGCUGGAAGAAAUGUCAAAUACUUUCCAUUAGGAUUGCAGGAGGCUUUGCUGAAGGAAGAAAAACUUACUGCUGCUAAAGGUUAUAAGGUGAAUAUACUUAAGGGAAAAGACUUUAAUAACCUUCAAAACGAAAUUGGCGUCAGCUACUGUGUUUUAUAGCGCUGUCAUUCAGCUUUUGUAAGGUGGACUCGUUCAAAACGUAAUUCUCAUUUAUAUCAACGGAUAAGAUUUUCAUGGGAACAUUAAAUCCUUUCCUCAGGUAGAUCUACUGAUUACUUUUGCGUAAUCGAAGUGGUUAAUAUAUCUAAUGAUUUCAAUUAUUUUUAUCAUUAUCAUAGUCACUACCAUCAUUACUUUUGUUAAGAAGACUGCUCGGAAGAUAGCCAUGCUUGAUAGCUUGAUGGCUUGAUGUUCUCAAGUUUCAAACAACCCGAUCUAAAAUUCUGUGCCGACAAAAGCCAAUUCCAUGCUGGAAAACUUUUGGCCCGCUUUAAAGGAUAUGUUUAACAGUUUUCUACUGAAAAAAAGGAAAACAAUUUCCAGCUAUAUCUUUCAUGCUUAAUUCCUGAUUAGAUAACCUUUCCUCAAAGAGGAGGAGUAAAAGGAGAACUUCAGAGUGCUUCCCAAUGGGAACUCCUCAAUCUUGACGUCGACACCAUUCUAAGAAUGCCAAAAGACGUGGAAGAUUUAACUGGUCUCCAGCAUCAAGAGUUCAUGGGCGUCAUGGGCCAGUAUCUCUAUGAAUCUGUUGGAGCGCAAGAGUUUUCUCGCCGCCACAUGUUGACACAGAGUCCUUGUGUGAUUGUACCAAGCACAGCACACAUAUCCCUUACCAAAGCAGUUACAAUUCUAGGACUGGGACGAGAGAGCCUCGUCACUGUGGCAGUUGACGAAGAUGCUCGGAUGGAACCAAAGGGUUUGUUCAUUAUGAUGCUCGAUGUAACUUUGAGGUUUGAGUGUAAGAGAACGACAAAGUAGACAAGGUAAAGAAAAAAUGAGCACGAAGACCUACUUGGCUUAACUUUCACUGUUUGCGCUACAAAAGUCUAAAGCCGUGCUUAUUAAUAUUUGAUCCAAAACCCUUUCUGGAAGAGGAAGGAAUAUAGGCCGAUAGACCCAAUCCGGCUACUUUGAGCUGUUUCACUGACGUCCACGACUUAAAAUUUACUUAUAGCAUUCGAAUGAAUCUCACCUUGCACGUGCUGUCUUUUUUCAGAUCUGGAAAGAAUUUUGCAGGAAAAACUAAAAAACGAGAUUCCGGUGAUUACAGUUGUGUCUGUUAUGGGUACAACAGAAGAGAGCGCGGUGGAUCCACUCGCAGCGAUUUUGGAACUUCGAGAAAAGUUUAGAGCUAAGGUACAUCUAACUGAACAGAAUGAACCUUUUCUGUAGUAGAACCCCGCUAACUCAAAUUCGAACUCCCAGGGGAAACAAAAAAGAGUUCGAUUUGCCUGAGUAAGUAGUAAAUAACUGAAAACGGGGUUUCUGUGCAAGUAACCGGGGUUCUACUGUAGUUCUGCCCAUAUUUUGAGCCUGAAACUGGAGCCUUUCUCAAAUUUAAACAUGAUUGAACGACUUUUUUUAAAUUCGGAAUUACGUAAGUGCAGUUGUGGAGCUGGGCUGAGUUGUUCAAAGCUGGGUUUAGAUAACCCAGGGUUAGUGUGAAAUCGGAUUUCAGCUCUGGAAGCUUUAAAGGAAAAUUCAGUAGAAUUCUUUUUGUUAACAAUUUGAUGAUUAGAUGCUCCAUAUAGAGUAGAGGAAAAAAAGGCUAUCGAACAAAGAAGUAUAGAAACCCAGAUUAAAAUUUAACUCUGGGUUAGCGCUAAUCGGCUUUCGAAAAACUGGGCCCAGGUUGGCUUGGGAUAAUGCUGUCGUCAGGCCAAGGACUCCAGAGGAGCGGAUCAUGUUUGUUCUUACUUAAACGUACUUCAAAUGACUAACUUACGAAUUUCUUCGCACUUAAAACCGCUCUUAGGUCAGGUUGCAAUUAUGUUUUUUCUCUGGCCUCACGUAUCCCUACUUCUUAAAAUCUAAGACGAAAGGUUAAACCUCAAUGUUAUCUCACAUUACAAUCACGAUGCUGGGGCGCCAAGCUAUUUCAUUCACUCUUCUUUAUCGUCAUACAGGGCCUUUGCUUCAGCUUGCACGCGGACGGGGCUUGGGGAGGAUACUUCUGUAGCAUGUUACGAGAUCCUAAGAGUAAUCUUGUAGCCGCUGGUAGCGAGGGAUUUGUUCCCGAGUUGUGGCUAAGUCCAUAUGUUAAAGAGUAG